UAAAUAAAUUCAAACAUCAAAUGAACAACAAGACCAAAGACAAGGCCAAAAUUAAAAGGAAUCCAAACAUGGAGCAGAGAAGGCCCCGUUGGAAAAAAGCACUAAGCAGAUCCUGAAGUGACGUAUUCACAACACCAGCUGACUGCUCCCUCCCUCAGAUAUAACCCUUGGAUCACCACCACCACCACCACCACCACCACCAUGUUCUCCAACCUCAAGAGUAAGAUUGGGGACGUGGCGGACCUGAAACGCCUCUCGUCCCCGACCUCCCUGACCGGGUCCAGGCAGCGGUCCAGACAGCAAACCCCUGGCUCCGUCACCCCGACCCCCUCCACCUCGUCACACUCCCGGCAGCCCUCUGUGGUCUCCCUGCCUGGCCUGGUGUCUGCCACCCCUCCACUUUCACCCACAGCUACCACCACUGACCAGGAGAGACCCUCCCUGGAGAAGGAGCAGGAGCUGGAACAUGAGGUUUCCAAGUUACGGCUGGCACUGGAGGCUCAGCAGGACUCAGCUCUAGAUCGCCUUAAUGCCAAGGAGAAGGAGUGGAGGGCCAGGCUGGAGGAGGAGCGGGAGAGGGCUGCAGGGAUGGCUAAGGAGCUGCAGGAGGUACUGGAGAGGGAGAAGAAGCUGCAGAGCCAACUGGAGGCUUUAGACGGCAACAAGCAGAGUGUGACGGCCCAGCUGAAACAAGCGCAGGCCAGGGUCAAAGGUUUGGAGGCGAAGGUGUGUGAGAUGCAGGACAUUUAUGACCAGCUGGAGGGGCUCAAUGCUCAGGAAGGGGCCAAGGUGAAGCAUAUGCUGCUCAACGCAAACAGUGAGCUUGACCAAUUAAGAGAGGAGCUGACACAGAAGACAGAGGCACUAGCAGCUAUGGAGACCAGGCUGGGGAGGCUCCCCUGGCUUAGAGGAGAGGGUCGGGACACUCAGCGAGGAGAAAACAGAGCUGGAGACGCAAGUGGCGGGACUCGGACAGAAGCUAAGGGCAGCUAGGCAAGGUGCCGAGCGGUAGAGGAGUCAAAGGAGGAGGAGGUGCGACACUUAGAAGGCCGUGUGGCAACCCUAGAACAGCGGCACUCCCAGUCUGGCCUUCAAGAGACAGACCGCAUCCAGGCACUCAUUAAAGAGAGGGAAGGGGUGGAACACAGUCUGGAGGAGGCAAGGCAGCAACUCAACAACAUCAAGGCUUCCUGGAGCACCAAGAUCACUAGCCUAGAGGAUCAGAUUCACCACCUUAAUGCCAAAAUUGCAGAGGAUCAGACUGACCUGCAAGCGGCAGAGGAGAGAAUUACCACACUCACCUCCACCAUCCACUCCCUGAAGGCGGAGGUGAAGGGGCUGCAGGAGGCCAAGGCAGAGGCAGAGCGCAAGCUGGUGGGGGAGGUGGAGCGGCUGGAGGAGGACGUGGAGACCCUCAGGUGGCAGCUGGGGCAGAAGGAGGCCCGGGAGGAGGAGCUGGUGGGGCGGCUGAGUGCCGAGGAGGAGAAGUGUCGCUCCUGCACUGCUGUUCUUCAGGCAAAGAUCGAGACCAUUGCCACUUUGGAAAUCACUGUCACUGAACUAGAGGGAAAGGUGGCUGAGACAGAGACCAGCCUGACCACCACUUGUGAGGAGCUGCAGAAGGCACAGGUGGAGAAGAAGCGGCUCCAGGAUUCCUUAGCCAGGGAGAGGGGUGCAACGGAAGCCGCGGAGAAGAGCCGAGCUGAGGUGGAGGCGCGGCUGGCAGUCGUGUCUGGAGAGAAGGAGAGGCUGUCCAGAAACCUUGAUGAGUAUGCUGAGCGGGUGGAGACUCUGGAGAAGAGCGAUGUGGAGAGGGAAAAGGAACGGAAGGAGGGCGCAGAGAGGAUGGCAGAGCUGGAGGCGAGGCUGGAGGAGGUGACCAGGGAGUCUCAGGGUCUCCAGAAGCAGCUGGACACAUCAGAGGCUGACCUGGUGAACAAGAUUGAGGAGUCUGAGGUGGUGAGGACGCUAAGGGAGAACGUGAAGGGUCUAGAGGAGGAACUGACCGAAAGUAAACAGAACCUGAAGAUACAAAGGCAGAGGCUGGCAGACAUGAAGAAGACGCUGCAGAGAGAACUCCGCCUCACCCCAGACACUAGUGACUCGGCAGCACCACCACCACCGCCACCUCAGGCCCCAGCACCGCCGCUGCCAACAGCCUCGUCCUCAGCCGCAAUAAUUGACACCUCUGCAUCAUACCAGCCUGAGACACAACAGCAGCAGCAGCAGUGGGAGACAAGGAUGGCAGCUGGCAAUGGCCCCACCACUGGCACCAAUGGGAAUGACAACUACUGUAGCAUCAACCUAACCUACUUGAAGCACGUCAUUAUUAAGUACCUCACGUCGCGGGAGUAUGAGGCUGUGCACUUGACUCGAGCCGUUGCCACGCUGCUCCACAUGAAUCCCGAGGAGGAGCGACUACUGCGGGAGACUCUGGAGUGGAAGAUGUCGUGGUUUGGAUCAAAGCCUAACUUGGGGAAAGGCCAGGGUGCCCUCACCAUCCCUCCAUCACAAUGACACGUGUGGGUGUGGCCCUAACCCCUGCCGGCCCUCAGGUGACUUAUGGUGACCUGGUGAUGGUUCAGGUACUACUGCCAUUGCCCUGGUGAUUAGUGUGGCUUGAGAACACUGGUCACUGCCAUUGCUGCUGGUGGUGACGUGUGGUGUGUGUCUGUGCUCUCAUUGGCCGGUGUGGUGUGUGGUGAGGGGCGUGUGAGGACCUGAGGUGCUAAGUGUUUGUGUGGAUGAUGUGCAGGGAGGGAGUGACUGGAGGUGAUGUGACAUUGGUUGCUAUAGUAGGGAGAGAAAGCACACACACACACACACACACACACACACACACACACACACACACACACGUGUGUGUGUGUGGGUUUGGAAGACAGAGUAAAACAAGGAACUUCAUUGCAUCUUUAUUACAAUGCUUCCUUCUUCCAAGAGAGAGGGGGGGAGAGAGAGAGAGAGAGAGAGAGAGAGAGAGAGAGAGAGAGAGAGAGAGAGAGAGAGAGAGAGAGAGAGAGAGAGAGAGAGAGAGAGAGAGAGAGACACGAGCUUCCUGGGCAUAGCAGCAAUCUCAUCAAAACUAGCAUUAUGUAGAGCAGUAUCUUUUAUAAUAGUUACCCAAGUGGUCUCACUGGUGGAUGUCCCUUAUCCACAUCAGGGAAGAGGCCGCUCAGGUGUGCUGGGCUGCCACAUAACAGUUUUCCACGUCAGUCUGCUGCAAUUGUCUUUACACUGCACGGGGCAUUGACACUGUCUCGUGGUUUUCAUAUCAUUAUUAGCUUCUAUUUAUUACUAGUGUUCUUUGUCCCUCCCUUAAGGAUGUGGGAUGCCAAUGUUUGGGGCAAUUUAGCAUGUGAAGCUGAAGAAUGUCCCUCUUAGCUUUUCAGUUCUUCCUCAGCAUCAUUGGGAUUUGAUCAGUGUGUAUUACUGGGAAAACUCUAACUUGCUAUAAGAAAUGCAUGAAAAAUUGAAAACUGGUGAACUAUUUUGACAGGAGAGAAAACUGAUUAUCCUCCAGUAGAAACAAAAAACUGACACACACAGUUUUGCAUUCUUAUCACUCAGGCUUAUACCAGGUUAGAGUUCUCAGUAGUGUCUCAAGUAUCAUGCCAAAUGUUCAAGUUCAGGAUGUUCUCCCACACUGCCUGGAGGAAGUCAGCUUGCCGCCCUUCCCUUAGAGUCAAGCUGUUGCACUGAAGCUUGAGGUGAUGCUGGCAAGUUGUUCAGCAUGUGUGUUUGUGGUGAAGCAGCUCAUGGCCACUGCUUGGAUAUGUGUGUGUGUGUGUGUGUGUGUGUGUGUGUGUGUGAUUACUAGGAAGGCCAGUAUUAUCCCUGCUCUUGUGUUUACUGUACCUUUACACAUCACUUCCACUGCCUCAGAAUUCCUGCACCAAGAAUUAUGAAGAGAUGUGGUGGUGGUGGUACUUUGGUUGUAAAAGUAUAUACAAGUAUGAUAUUGUUUCCACCGAAGUGUUUUGUCUGUUUGAACUACUCUCAUUUUCUAAUAAUAUAGGUAGGUUACUUUUUGCCUUGUUGGAAUCUUGCAAUGGCUUCCUUGUCUGAUGCUGGCUUGCCCAAGUGCUCUAUAGACACAUACACACACUGUCCUGUCACCCUCCAUAAGGUUUUCUAGUCAUAUACAUUGUAUGGUUAUGUUUUUUGUUAACAGAAGUAUUUCUCAUGUUUGUUUUCCUUCAGACAUUUGUAUCAAGAGAUUUCUAAUGUGUGAUGUGCCUGACUCUGAAAUGCCAAGUGUGUUUCCUUUGAAGCUGUUGUGUUGAAAGCCUUUUGACAAGAAGUAGGGUGGUGGGGAAUGCCGGACCUGUUUGUAUUUAAGUGUCAUAUAGCGUAGGUGCACCCAGGCUCACCACAACACAUUAACCAUCUUGAGUGUGUGUGUGUGUGUGUGUGUGUGUGUGUGUGUGUGUGUGUGUGUGUGUGUGUGUGUGUGUGUGUGUGUGUGUUUGCCUGUGUGGGUGUUGGUGCAUCCUGCUGGUGUGAGUCAAGAUCAGGAGUCUGGUGGCUGAGAAACAUUGGUACAAUUAAGUUUGUUGACAUGCACCGAGGAUCUAAUAUUAGGGAAAAUUUUGUCUAUAGCUGUGUAGGUACUUGCUAUAUACAAAAUUCACUCCCACUUAGUUUUAUAGUCUCCAUUAUGACAUUUCAGUACAUUUUCUAAAUACAGAUAUGAAGUGUAAAUAGAUAUGUUUAAUAUAUUAUGCAAGUUUAUA